AUGGUACUGAAAUCAUUGACAAAAGACAAUUUCCGAGAAAUCGCAAAGGAUUUUGAAGAAAAGUGGGACUUCCCCUACUGCAUUGGGGCUCUUGAUGGCAAACAUGUAUUAAUACAGGCUUUUCCGAAUAGUGGUUCUGAGAAGUUUAAUUGUAAGGGAACUCAUAGUUUAGUUUUCUUAGCGCUAUGCGAUGCUAACUACAAUUUUACAGUUGUGAACAUUGGAGCUUCAGGUCGUCAAAGCGAUGGUGUUAUUUUGAAAAAUUCAAAAUUUGGUAGUACAUUGGCGACAAAUAAGUUGCCAAUUCCCCCAAAGGAAGUUCUGUCGGGUUGUACAACACCGAUGCCAUACGUAAUCGUAGCUGAUGAAGCAUUCCCACUAACUUAA